AGGAGAGUGUGAAGUAGUGAGAGAAAAAACCUUGAAAGAACAGCAAAGGCAAUCAGAAAGAGAGGGGGGAGGGAGGACGGCAAACAGCAAAAAGGCAGAGCAGGCUGGAAGAAAGAGAAGAGGAGGGAGGGAGAUAAAGUGUAAUGUGAAUGUACCAUCUUUGAUAGUCCUGGUGCCAAAGUCCAGAGAUGCAAUGACCAGAUGACCAACCACUACACAUACCAGCAUCCUGUCCUGGAGCCUUGACAGGAAGGGACAAGAAAAAAAUCCACACACACACACUCAAAGGCGGAACGCUGUCUUCAGCCAGUCCCACAUCUGCUGGAUCAUGUCCUCUACUGGGUCAGCCAACCACAACAAGCGUCUGGCAUCGGAGACAGACAGCUCUCAGAGGGUGUUGGACAAUGACUCUGCUCAGCACCUGAAGCUGAGGGAGAGACAGCGUUUUUUUGAAGAGGUCUACCAGCAGGAUGUUGACAACUACCUGCCCUCUGCUCACCUGCAGAUCGACUGCAGGAAACCUCCCAUGGGAAGUAUCUCUUCUAUGGAGGUGAACGUGGACGUCCUGGAGCAGAUGGACCUGAUGGACAUCUCUGACCAGGAGGCCCUGGAUGUUUUCCUCAACUCAGGCUCGGGCUCAGGCUCAGGAUCGGAUGAAGGAGUGCUGGCAUCCCCACUACCAGAGGCUGAGGACGAGGAAGAAGAUGAGGAGGAUGAAGAAGCAGAGGUGGUGUACAGGGAGAGGGCACCUUUGAAACGGCAAGAUGAAGUUCACUGCGGCUCAAAGUCUCGCAUGUCCUCUACAUCAUCGGGUUCCAGUGACACCAGCGGGGGCGGGGUCGACACGCCUGUGAUCCAGUCGGAUGAUGAGGAAGUCCAUGUCGAUACUCUGCUGCUGACCUCAGCUCCCCACACCAGAGAUGAAGAAACUGAGGAAGAAGACGAAGAGGAACGAUGCCUUGCAAAUAAAUCUUCAUAAAGACUCAAUUUUAAACUAUGUGGAGAUAGUUUCUCUCUCUCUCUCUGUCUCUGUACAUGUACAUUCUUUUCUUUUGGGGAAAAAACUGGCAUGAUUUGCUGUGUCUUUUGAAUGAAGUCCAUUACAACUGCAAAUAUUUUUACUAGCAACUGUUAAAUGCAUUCCUUUAACCUCUUGGCCAUUCCAAGUUUCUUGAUGUUCACUUAAUAUGCAAAUAAUAUGAGUCAUACCGCUCCCAUGCGCUAACAUGUUCUGGCCGAGAUCAAACGAUUUGCCAGUUCAAGUUUCGUUCCUCUUACUGCCAGAGGGAAAUCUCUCUAGUGCCCACUCUGUGUCUUCAAAGUACAGCCUUUUUCACAAGAAAAAGAACAGAAACUGUGUAAAGUCAUAAUAAGAGAGAGAAAUGCAGUGAUAUCCAAAGCAAGGGGGAGGAAUCAUAAGGUGGCUGGAUCCAGUUCCAGCUGACUGGAGUGGACAGAGUACGCCAUAGACAGGCCAUAGACCACUGCGCCGCCCUGCAGCCCUGCUUUACUACAAAAUAAUUUAACCUUUUUUAUUUUUACAGCACCCUUGAGUAUCUUGGAUUUGGUCAGAGGUGUGUGUGUGUGUGUGUGUGUGUAUGUGGACUGAUUUCAAACACACAGUUCAUGUGCAGGGCUCAUGAAUCUCCCUUUUAUUUUCCGAGGAUGGACACGAGGCAGAAACGAGGCGCGAUGAGCAGAAGUGAACAAAAAAUGUUGCUCCCUUGUCAAUGUGAACCUAUUGCCUUGUGCAUGUCAUGAGCGCAGCCGUGUCUGUAAAUGCAUGCCAUUUUGUUGAGUGACUAGUUUAUAUGUUUUCAGUUAUACAACUGCCAAGUAAUGCAUUACGGAGUUAUGCAGGUGACACCUGUUGUUCGUACUUUGUUGCUUCCCUCCUCCGUGUGAGACACAAUUUCAGGGUUGAAUAUUUACGGCCAUGUGGAGAGCAAAUGAUUCAGCUUAUAAAAAUUUGUUGGUUUAUGACCUUUGUCGGGUGAGAGACUGCACGGGUGCGUCUGUGAGGGCGUGGAUGGCAAACAUCACAAGUCAACAAGUUGAGCUAAGCUUGGCUCCUUAUACAAAACAAGGUCUUUUCAUUGUUAAAGCUCUUCAAAUGUUAGCUCCCCAUCUUGCUGUGAGCUAAAUAAAAAUGGAACAGGUUAAACCCAUUGAAUU